UCUCAAAAGUCAAAACACACACAAAGUUUCAUUUUAUUUUUUUUUUUAUUAAGACUAUUUUCCAUACUAUUUUGAUAGUUUUUUUCGUAUUUUUUUAAGUGAAAUUGAUUGGAAUAUUUAUGUUUAUAUUUACUAAAAACAAAAACCAAUUAAUGAAUUUAUCAUACCAUCAAUUGGUCUUGUCAACAUACAGCUUAUCGACAAUUAUUUAUCCCAGCCAAAUUUUUUUUUUCAAGGUCUCGCAAGACCGGGGAACUGACCAAUCAUCUAGCAGACCAUACCAUUCGGUUGUUCCUCAGCAUUUAGCAAACGCUCCUCCCAGGUGUUUUAUUUCUCUCCUCAAAAUUCCCUCGUUUUUGAGUUUAGCACAGCUUAGUUUACUACAGUUAUAAAAAAUUUAAAGUUUAUUUUAUUUUAAAAAACGUCACAUACUCACGAGCCAGGAAAUAAUUUUUCUACAUAGUAAAAAAAAAAAUAGACAUAAUGGAAAAUUACAAAAAUGUUACGCAUUGUUUGUUCGAUAUGGAUGGAUUACUUCUAGAUUCGGAAAGCGUAUACAAGACAAUAUACAAUAACGUAGUAUCUGAAUAUGGUCACAAGUAUGGAGGUGAUGUUGCAUAUGCCGUACUUGGACGUCCUGAAAUGGUUGGAUUUGAUAUAAUAAUUAAACAUUUUAAAUUGCCAAUAAGUAUUCAAGAAUUUCAGCAAAAAUAUCAUCAAAUGCAGCAUGAACUGUUCGUUGAUGUUAGAGUUAUGCCAGGUGCAGAGAGAUUACUUCGUCAUUUGUAUAAACAUAAAAUUCCAAUUGCACUUGCAACAAGUUCAAGUGCAGCAAGUUAUGAGCUUAAAACAAAACAAGUUAAGCCAAUAUUUGAGUUAUUUCAUCAUCAAGUACUUGGUGGUUCUGAUCCUGAUGUUAAAAAUGGUAAACCAGCACCAGAUAUAUUUUUAGUUGCUGCCAGUAGAUUUUCAGAUAACCCUGAACCAUCAAAGUGUCUUGUAUUUGAAGAUGCGCCAAAUGGUGUUCAAGCAGCAGUUAGUGCUGGAAUGCAAGUUGUAAUGGUACCUGAUUCAAAUUUGCCAAAAGAUUUGACUAAAAAAGCAACAAAAGUUAUUGGUACUUUAUUGGAAUUUAAACCAGAAGAAUUUGGCUUACCUCCUUUUGAUGAUUAAUAAUGUAUUAACAAAUUAAAUAAAUCUACUAAAUUAAUAGUUAAAUAUUGUUAAAAAAAAAAAAAAUAAAUAAUGCACGACCAACAACACAAUUAACAAGCAAAAAAAUAAAAAAGUAUUCUACUGAGAAUUAGUUGAUCUAUUAAAAUUGUUGACAAAAGAAAAGAUGAAAAAAAAAAUACCUCUAAAAAAAUAAAUAAACUAGUAGCUCGGUGCUAAAAGAUUUACCUUCAUCUAAAUUUAAUUUAAUCUUUUCUUGAAAAUCAAAAAUUCUAUUUUGAUAAAUAGUACCUGUAUGUUUUAAUAAUAAAUAAAUCAUGAUAUUUCUGG